AUGCAUCGCGGAAUUCGCACACAUGGCUCCAGUCAGCCGUCAGGUUCGGUCAAUUUGUUCAUCACCAUUUUGACGAUCAUGCUGCGGCCAGGACCGAGUCGCUUCUCAGUAGUUGCAGUGGUCAACUUGAAGGUGGAUGUAGCUGUGGCCGUCACGGCGGGUGGCCGUAACCGCGGCAGUCUCGAGUUGGGCUGCACCACAAGCCCAGACUACAGUCAUCGUCAACUUUCUAGCACAUACACUGACAUCGCUGAGAUCUCCGAGUCCUCCAACCUGCCCAUGCACUCCACUGCAACUACCGUGACCUCCUCGGACAAUCGUGUCAUGACUGGGACUCUGAGUCGUCAUGAGAGUCAUCACCACCUCACCGAAUAUUACUCUCAGGACACAACUAUACCAGAUGAAACCAUGUCUGAGGUGGACAGGCUUUCACCAUUGCCGCAUAUAUUAAAUGAUGCGGCUAUGUGGGAAAACUCCCAUCUGCAGGGAACUGCCUUCGUUGUUGUGAAUGGUAUGACGGUCAUCCGACCAGACAAAUCUGAUGCAACGGUCGAUGAGUCAGAUGGCUGGGAUUGGUGUGAUGUGUCGCACAUGGUUGUAGCUGCUGCUCAGGCUGUGGCCGCUUCCGAGUCUCAGCUUGAACAUAAUGAUGGUGACCGUGACGCAGCUGUGGUGUCCGAGUCUGCAUCUAGUAAUUUGGAAACAGGGUCACUGGCACUUGACACUAUGAUGGACACAUACAUAGAUUGGCCGGACAGUAACUCUGAGUAG